AUGGUACAACACAAUCAAGAUGAGAACCCAGCAAGCGAAGUGACUCGUGUUGUCGUACCGAAGAAGCGAGCAAACUCGAAGGACAUGGUGGCCUCGUUCGAGCAAAGGGUCGGUAGGUUGGAAGACCGAUAUAAUGAAGUCCAAGAGACUCAAGACUCGGUUGAAUCUCUCUUGGAGAAGGUGGAGUCCGUAGAGGAUGUACUCCGUGAAGAAACUCAAGCACUCAUCAGCGAGUUGACGGAGAACGUAGACGAGCGUACCCGAGGCCUCGAGAGCAUGUAUUUGGCCAUGAGGGCUGAAAUAAUACGGGAGGUAAAGGAGCACAAGAGCGAGCUACUCGUCUACAAGGCUGCCGUGUUAAAUGGAGUGACUGGGGAGGCACAAGCACCAAGACCCAGGAUCAACUUCCCUAAGCCGAAGGAGUUCAAGGGGAGUCGGACUGCCCAAGAUGUGGAGAAUUUCAUCUGGGGCAUGGAGCAAUUCUUCUGUGGCAUGGGUAUCGGGGAUGAUACCACCAAGGUAAAUGUUGCUUCCAAUUAUCUUACCGAUGUUGCUAUGUUAUGGUGGCAUCGUAGGUGUUCCGAGAUUACAAAACUAAUCGGGACGUGGGAGGAGUUCGUGGGAGAAUUCAAGGAGCAUUUCUAUCCGAAGAAUGCUGUGCUCGAGGCUCGAUCAAAAUUAAAGCAAUUAAAGAAUGACCGAUCCAUCUUGGAGUAUGUCAAAAACUUCACAGAGAUCAAGAUGCAAAUCCCGGACUUGGGCGAGUCAGAAGGUUACUUUGCAUUCAUGGAUGGACUACAACGUUGGGCCAACAUGGAGAUCCAAAGGAGGGGAGUGACCGAACUCUCCAAGGCAUUAGAUGCAGCCGAGGCUAUUGCCCCAUUUGAAGUAAAAAGGACCGACUCUCUCCAAUCCAGGUUGAAACCCAAAGGUAAUAGUGGGGGAGAGAAGGCCAAAGGAAACUUUCACAAGCCAACGGGAAAUCAUGGGAAGCCGAAUGAUCGACCCAAAAAGCUCUUCAAUCCUUGGGAGAAGAAGGGGGAAUUAUCAUGCUUUUCUUGUGGAGGAAAUCAUAUGAAACGAGAUUGUCCUCAACUUGUGAAAGUUGCUGCCAUCAAGGAGAAUGAUGGGGUGAAGAGUGGGACUCUCAAACUUGGCUCCAUCCUUAGCACCAUAGAAGUCAAGAAGGGCCGCAAGAAGAAGGGAUCGAUGUACGUAGACAUCACCGUCGCAUACCAAAAGAUGAGCGCACUGGUGGACACAGGCAACGGGAUCCAUCAAAACCGUGAAUGCCGAGGAAGUUCAAUUGCGGGGGUCGCAAAGGGAAUCGAGCUAACCGUCGGAGGUUGGUCCGGAAAGGAAUCCAUCAAGGUAAUUCCUCUCGAUGACUUCAACUUUCUUCUUGGGUUAAGUUUUUUGGACCGAAUAAAUGCUUUCCCAGUGCCUUUUGCUGAUUGCUUGUGCAUCCUGGAUCCAAAGCAACAAUACAUUGUUCCAGUGAGUCGAGGGCCUGGAAUCGAGGCCAAGAUGUUGUCCGCAAUCCAAUUCUCAAAGGGGGUGUGCAAGGAGGAACCCACCUUUGUGGCUUCAUUGGUGGAAACUGAACCCACAAUGACCGAGGAAGUCCCAAGAGAAGUGGGACAAGUAUUGGCGGAAUUUAAAGAUGUGAUGCCUGCCGAGUUACCCAAGAAGUUACCUCCAAAGAGGGAGGUGGAUCACAAGAUUGAAUUGGUGGAGAAUGCAAAGCCACCCGCUCGGGCCCCUUACCGAAUAGCUCCACCCGAAUUAGAGGAGAUGCGCAGACAAUUGAAGGAUCUCCUCGAUGCCGGAUACAUUCGACCAUCAAAGUCCCCCUAUGGUGCACCGGUGCUAUUUCAAAAGAAGCACGAUGGUUCUAUACGGAUGUGCAUAGAUUACCGAGCUUUAAAUAAGCUCACAAUAAAGAACAAGUAUCCCAUUCCCCUCAUUGCGGACUUGUUCGAUCAGCUUGGUGGUGCAAGGUGGUUCACCAAACUAGAUUUACGAUCGGGCUAUUACCAAGUCAGGAUAGCGGAAGGUGAUGAACCGAAGACUGCUUGCGUGACACGCUACGGUUCAUAUGAGUUCCUUGUGAUACCCUUCGGUCUCACCAAUGCUCCUGCAACCUUUUACACGUUAAUGAACAAGGUACUACAACCCUUUCUUGAUCGUUUUGUUGUAGUUUACCUUGAUGACAUCGUUGUGUAUAGUAAGACAUUGGAAGAACACAUUGAACACUUGAGGAGGGUGUUCCAAGUCUUACGAGAGAACGAGCUUUAUGUCAAGGAGGAAAAAUGCUCGUUUGCGCAAAAGGAAGUGCCGUUCCUAGGCCAUAUUAUUGGAGGAGGCAAGCUCCAGAUGGACAAGGACAAGAUUCGGGCAAUUGACGAGUGGAAGCCACCCACCAAGGGCUAUUCAAAGAUAUCCACACCAUUGACCGAGCUACUCAAAAAGGACAAGGUGUGGGAAUGGAGCACGAUAUGCCACAACGCUUUUGAAAAGCUCAAGGAGGCCAUGGUGAGUGAGCCCGUGUUGGUGUUGCCAGACUACACCAAGCCUUUUGUAGUCUACACUGAUGCAUCCGAUGUUGCCAUUAGUGGAGUCCUCAUGCAAGAGGGACAUCCAGUUGCAUACGAGAGCCGAAAGCUCAACGAGACCUAG